AUGAAAAACCAGCUCCGCGGCCCCCCAGCGCGGGCGCACAUGUCGGCCUCGGGGGCGUCGGCGGCUGGGGGCACCGGGGCGGGGUCGGAGCCCGGUGCGGGGUCUGGUUCCGGCGCCGGUACCGGGGCAGGCGCGGCGGCGGGUGCGGGGGCCAUGCCUUGCAAGAGCGCCGAGUGGCUGCAGGAGGAGCUGGAGGCGCGCGGCGGCGCGUCCCUGCUGCUGCUCGACUGCCGGCCGCACGAGCUCUUCGAGUCGUCGCACAUCGAGACGGCCAUCAACCUGGCCAUCCCGGGCCUCAUGCUGCGCCGCUUGCGCAAGGGCAACCUGCCCAUCCGCUCUAUCAUCCCCAACCACGCCGACAAGGAGCGUUUCGCUACGCGCUGCAAGGCGGCCACCGUUUUGCUCUACGACGAGGCCACGGCCGAGUGGCAGCCAGAGCCUGGCGCUCCCGCUUCGGUGCUUGGCCUUCUCCUGCAAAAGCUGCGCGACGACGGCUGCCAGGCCUACUACCUCCAAGGUGGUUUCAACAAGUUCCAGACAGAGUACUCAGAACACUGCGAGACCAACGUGGAUAGCUCGUCCUCGCCGAGCGGCUCACCGCCCACCUCAGUGCUGGGUCUGGGGGGCCUACGCAUCAGCUCUGACUGCUCAGAUGGUGAGUCGGACAGAGAGCUGCCCAGCAGUGCCACCGAGUCAGACGGCAGCCCUGUGCCAUCCAGCCAACCGGCCUUCCCCGUCCAGAUCCUGCCCUACCUCUACCUCGGCUGCGCCAAGGACUCCACCAACCUGGAUGUGCUCGGCAAGUACGGCAUCAAGUAUAUCCUCAAUGUCACGCCCAACCUGCCCAAUGCCUUCGAGCACGGGGGCGAGUUCACCUACAAGCAGAUCCCCAUCUCUGACCACUGGAGCCAGAACCUCUCCCAGUUCUUCCCUGAGGCCAUCAGCUUCAUCGACGAGGCCCGCUCCAAGAAGUGCGGUGUCCUGGUGCACUGCCUGGCAGGCAUCAGCCGCUCGGUGACGGUCACGGUGGCCUACCUGAUGCAGAAGAUGAACCUGUCGCUCAAUGAUGCCUACGACUUUGUCAAGAGGAAAAAGUCCAACAUCUCACCCAACUUCAACUUUAUGGGGCAGCUGCUGGACUUCGAGCGGACGCUGGGGCUGAGCAGCCCGUGUGACAACCACACCCCCAGCGAGCAGCUCUACUUCUCCACACCCACCAACCACAACCUGUUCCCGCUCAACACGCUCGAGUCCACGUGAGGCCGGGGGCACGGGGCAACGGGCCAGCCCCUCCCGGGCCUCCACAGGGCCCGCAGGGAGGGCCCACGCCUGCUGCCUCUGGCGUGAGGAACCCGGACAUCGCCUGUGCCCAGAGGUGAGCUUCCCUCACCGUCCCGGGGAGGGUGCAGCCCACAGCCAGGCCUCCCCCAGCAGGACUUUCCGGAGGGGCCCUCAGCUCUCAGACAUGUGGCUUUGGGAGUCCAGUGGGGCCUCGUCCUUGUCCCAGGACACUCCUUUCUGCUGAUGGCCCAGCCAGUUUGGCUAUUUUGUUUUUUAAAGACACAUCCAUGGACCUGAGUUUACUUUUUAUUAUUGGCAGGUAAAUCCGAGCUCCCUGGAGCAGAGAGAGUUCAAGCUCUUCUUGAUUUUUCUUUUUUAAUGAAAAGUGUUAUUUUCAGGCUACAUGCAACAGUGGAUUGUAUAAACCAGUAUUUCAUCCCUUUCUUGAUCC